AUGGCUGAGAACGUAACUGUUUCUAUUCCUCAGAAACAAAAAGCUGCUAUUUAUGAUCAGCCAGGCAAGAUCUCCACCCAAGUGGUGGAGGUCGAUGUACCGGAGCCCGGUCCCGGUGAGAUCUUAGUCAAUUUAUCUCACACCGGCGUCUGCCAUUCGGAUAUGGCUGUCAUGACCAACACCUGGAAAUCUCUCCCCUACCCUACCCAACCAGGCCAAAUCGGCGGCCACGAAGGCGUCGGCAAAAUCGUCAAGCUAGGACCCGGCACAGAAUCCUCUGGCUUCAAGAUUGGUGACCGUGUAGGCAUAAAGUGGGUGUGGAGUGCGUGCCAGAAUUGCCCUGCUUGUCUCGUGGGUCUGGACGGAACUUGCUUGAAUCAAAAGGUCAGUGGAUAUUAUACGCCAGGCACUUUUCAGCAAUAUGCACUCUCGCCUGCAAAUUAUGCGACAAGGAUUCCCGACGGAUUAUCAUCGGCAGAUGCUGCACCUAUGCUCUGUGCUGGCGUCACGGUUUACACGGCGCUGAACCGCAGUAAAGCUCUUCCCGGGCAAUGGGUGGUGAUUUCUGGAGUAGGAGGGCUGGGCCAUCUCGCGUGUCAAUUGGCAAGUAGAGGAAUGGGCCUUCGGGUGAUAGCAAUCGAUCACGGAAGUAAAGAGGCGCUUGCCCGGGACUCAGGCGCUGAACAUUUUAUUGAUUUUACCAAACUCGAUAAGGAAGGUGUUACCAAACAUGUCCGGUCCCUAACAGGUGGAUUGGGUGCACAUGCUGCAGUAGUUUGUACGGCAGCCAAUGCAGCUUACGCACAAGCCAUCGACCUCCUUCGAUUCGGCGGAACUUUGGUCUGUGUGGGUAUCCCUGAAGGGGAAUAUGUGAAUAUUGGCGGUGCGAAUCCAGGCAUCAUCACUACUAAGCAACUCACCAUCACGGGAUCGGCGGUGGGCAAUCGCGGUGAAGCCAUUCGAACACUGGAAUUUGCCGAGCGAGGGAUUAUCAAGGCGCAUUAUGAGAUCGAUAAGCCGGAGAAUUUGACUGAUAUUUUCGAGCGGAUGGAGCAGGGGAAGUUGCAAGGAAGGGUCGUGCUUGACCUGUCGUGA